UGGCCAGCAUGGUCCAGCCGCAGACCUCCAAGGCCGAAAGCCCGGCCUCGGCCGCCGCUUCCAGCGCCCAGAUGGACGACGUUAUUGACACGCUGACCUCCCUGCGCCUCACCAACUCCGCGCUGCGGCGGGAGGCCUCCACCCUGCGGGCGGAGAAGGCCAACCUCACCAACAUGCUGGAGAGCGUGAUGGCCGAGCUGACCUUGCUGCGCACCAGGGCGCGGAUCCCAGGAGCCCUGCAGAUCACCCCGCCCAUCUCUGCCAUUACCUCGAAUGGGACUCGGCCCAUGACCACCCCGCCGACCUCUCUGCCCGAGCCCUUCUCCGGAGACCCGGGCCAGCUGGCGGGGUUCCUGAUGCAGAUGGACAGGUUCAUGAUCUUCCAGGCCUCCCGCUUCCCGGGCGAGGCCGAGCGAGUGGCCUUCCUUGUGUCCCGACUGACGGGGGAGGCGGAGAAGUGGGCUAUCCCCCACAUGCAACCUGACAGCCCCUUGCGAAACAACUACCAGGGGUUCCUGGCAGAGUUGCGGAGAACCUACAAGUCUCCGCUCAGGCACGCCAGGCGCGCCCAGAUCAGGAAGACUUCCGCCUCUAACAGGGCUGUGCGGGAACGGCAGAUGCUCUGCCGCCAACUGGCCGCAGCGGGCACCGGGCCCUGCCCUGUGCAUCCAGCCUCAAAUGGGACGAGUCCAGCACAGGCCUUGCCCACCCGAGCACGGAACCUUUGAGAAUCCCCACUACGUUGGCGGCGUCUGCAGCCACCCGGGUAGCAUAAGGCCUUUGCUGCGUGGAAGAAAUGUCGGUACAACAGCAUCGCCCCUGUUUGAAGACGUCCCCCCCGCCUCUCCAGACCUAUAACAUAAGGAGAUCUUCCUUUAUCCCUUUUGGGUGCCCUGCUUACCCACCUUGCCGAGUUUCCUAUUACUAUGUGCCAGCUUUGUGCCCACAACUCAUUGCAUGCUUCCUCUCCUGCUUGAGCCCCCCACUGUUCUAAUGACGCAGCGCUGCUACUCGGGCACACCUGACUUCACUGCUGAUGGACCACUGCCAGCCUAACUAGGUUCCUGGAGGCUCCUACUCUGCCCUCUGCAAGCCUCCAGGGCAGCUUCCUACCUGGUUGCCCUGUUCUCACUGAUGAGUUCUGGACAGAAAGAAGCUGAGUUGGUCAGGCCAGUGGCUUGAUGGGUGAACUUGGAGAGGGGAGUCUGGCUUUCCGCUCAGAGGUGGUAGAUCACCAGUCCUGCCAGGGCCCAGUGCAUCAGGCAGGGGUCUCAGCCUUGCUGUCAGCGUCACUGCUAGGAAUGCAGUGGGGGACAAGCUUCACUCUGCAUAUUUCCCAUUGCUGUUCUGGGAAGGACCCAUAACUGCAGCUAAAGGUGGAGUCCUCCAGAGGACACACCUCCCUGACACCUGGCUUAGCUGUCAGGGCUCUGAUAGCACCAGGGAUUGGGGGAGUCUGGAAGUUGCCUGCUAAAUAAGGCUGCUGUGGACUUCGGACCACUGGGCAGUUUCAGGCUGCCACAGGCAGCAAGGCCAGGCAUGUCCACAUGUGAGGCCCACCGCAGGCUGUGGGUAGAUACCAGUAACUCAGUCUCUGCUGCCUGGGAUCCCCAGUGGGCAGUACCACAGCUGCUGGUGUUUUGUUACUCUCCCACUACCACGCCCUGUGUCAUUUGGUUUGGGGCCUUGCCUAGUUUGAGACCUGUUCCCUUUUCCAUUCAGGUGCCACGUGGCCUUCACUGCAGACUUUUCAGCUGCUAAUAUCAUUUCUCAGUCUCCGAGCUGCCACGUGGCAUGCCUUCCCCAGAUGUCCAGCCUUUGUUAAAGAGACCUGAUCCCCUCUCACAGUUGGAGGCCAAGUUCCUCUGGGCGGCAUCUAUAAGCACUAAUGCAGGGGUGUCUGCCUCUAGCAACCCCAGCCAGGGUCUUAGUGGCAUUUGCAAGGCAAAGAGCUGUAGACAGCCAUGGCCUUAGUGUGGUGGCAGUGCAGAACUGGCCAUCACGUCCUGGUUGUGAGGGACUUGUGCUGCUUCACAGUGGGGCAAGAAAUCACUUCUGAGCUUGGCCAAGCCCUGUGAACUGUGACACUUCUGCCAUAUUUUGUUGCCAAAUGGACCGUGGGAUAGGGAGGAGCCUUACCCUGGUCCAUCUGCCCCGGUCUAAAGGGUUCUGGCUCAAUGCAGAAGUUCUUCAUCCCCUAAAGACAUGCAUAUGCCAGGGGACCCCGGAGUUGGGUCUUGGGACCUAUUCUCUCUUCCAGAGAGUUUUAAUGAUGCUGGGGAAAGUGCCUGCCAUGCUAAAGCUCCAAUGCCUUGCAAGGUCAAGUAUAUUCAGUGGUUGCUGGGUUUCGCAGACCACUGUCCCCCACUCAUUGUAAACUCCGUUAGCCCAAUUGCCCUGCUCAACAACUGCCUCAAUACAGGCUUCAGGUUCCCCUGGACUCAGCCAAAGCUGACCAACUGGGACCAUGGUGCUCAUUAAGCAUGAAUGGAGGGAAGAUACGGUGGGGCCUCCAUUCCUGGGAGUGGAACCGCUGAUGGCCCGAGUACGGGCCACUUUGUGCUCAGCUCUCAGAGUUCUGCCUCCAGCUGCUGUACUGGUGAAACUAGUACCUGCCAGGUGGAGGUGCCCCAGGUGGAGGGUACAGUGGCACCUGGGGAAAAGACACCUGGAAGGUUUCCAUGUGGCCCAGCUCAGCCAGGGCAGGAGCUCUACCAUCUCACCACGCUGCCUCUGCCCACGUGGCUUUGUGAAAGUGCUGCUGUGUGCCCUGCGCAUCGUGCGUUAGAGCUGUGCUGCUGCACACGUGGGACCAGAGCCACGCAGGAAGGACUGGCCAUCCUGUCUGUCCACACCCUUGACUAGCUCUUUUGCAUAUAGUUUGUGACCAAUCCAAGCUGCUGCUCUGGUCUCGGCUGGCUCAGUGAUCUGAUUGCGUCUUGUCUCUUGGUGCUUAACGUUUGCAGGCUUGGGACAGUGCUGUGCAUGGCUGACCUUCUUGAUAGCUCCUCGAAUCUUUGGAACCUGGAGUGGAUGAGAGAGGGUCAGGGGUUGCCCUCCACAUUGGACUUGGAAGAGGGCCACUUGGAGAGCUCUAGUGGGAGAUAUCUUAGUCCCCAGCUAAAGAGGGUGAGAGCCAGUCCUGGGCAGCCCUGAGGGAAACCUCAGUGACGGGAGGAUCAGGCUGGAGAAGAACAUGGGGGGAAGGAGAUGCUUUGUACAUAUUUUGGAGUUGUAAUAUCUCUAAAUUUUAAGAGAAAAGUGUUGAUUUAUAAAAGGGACAGGCAGUAGUGUUACACAGUGCAUGUGACAGAAAGUUCUGUUUUCCAUGAUGUUGACAUUAUUUGGACUCUAUUGUGACUGUUCUCUGGUCUACCUGACACCCUUCUGGUAAGUGAGCUUCACUGCAUACCAGGGCAUAAUUGGAGAUGGGAUUUAGUGUACUUUAGUCAUGUAAAGCUUACUGGUGACUUCUGGGAAGCAGCAAAGACUCAUUUUGUUGGCUUCAGGUAAGUGUGUUAAGUAAUGAUAGGGAGUGAAAAACAACCCUGACCCACAUGCCUACUGCUGUCGAGGUGGACAGUGGAGGAAAUGGGCUGCAGCUGCUUCCUGGGGGCAGAGCUUUGGGUGGGAAGAGGUCCCUGAGAAGGAGCCCUCUACCUUACAGCCUGAGCUAUAGGACUGAGUUCUGUGCUUGGGAAGCAGUGGCUGAGCGGCUCAGAGAGGAAGGCACGGAUGGGACUCCUUGGGGAAGGAAGCAAGAGUGGCCUUUUGAGCCAGCAGGAGGAGCUCCCUGGUGCAGGGGGAAGAUUGGAGCGCAGGGCCUUCCCUGGUCCCCCAGGAGUGCACUGCGGCUGACAUGGUAUUCUCCCUUGGUUGGUGCCAGACAAUUCGGCAUGGUGGCAGGUGGCCCCACACAAGUGCAAGAGAGGAGGUGGGAGGAACCCCAGAUCCUCCCUCCUAGUAACCAGUGCCCUCUGCACACAGGCAGCGACUUACCAGGCCUUCUCAUUAUUCAUGUAAACCCACAUGUUAUAGAAAUUUGGAAAAUCAAGUAGAGGAAAGAAAAAGGUAAAAGUUAACAUUUUAGUCUCUCCUUUUAGGCUUUUUCCACCCAACCAUAGUUUCUUUGAAUUUUUUUUUUUAACAUAUACUAACUUGUGUAAUGAGACAAUUUUGUGUAGCUGUUCUCACUGAACAUGUCACAUGUCACAGGCAUUUCCUGCAUGUUGAUACUGACUUUGAAGUGGCUGCUGGCUGUGUGCUCAUGCAUCAGGAGUUGGGGCAGUGCUGACCACUGGUCACUAAUGCCGUUACCAAGUUUCACCAUUACACUUUGACGAAUGUCUUUGUGUAUAAGGCUGUUUCCCAAGUCAGGUGUUAAGUAAUGCCUUUGGAUUGACUGCCUGAGGUGGGAUUACUGCCUUAAAGAAUAUGAAAACUUUUGAGACUUUUGUUACAUAAUGGACAGAAUGGUUUUUGGGAAUGUUUGUGUCCACUUAUACAGCCUCCAGCAAAGAUAAGUGUGUCCAGCUUGCAGUUUUGGAUAUUAGCAGUUGGCUGAAUAUGUGCUGAUUUGAUCACAAAACAGUAGAUUGUGUUUUAGUUUGCGUUUCUCUGAUUUCAGCACAAUCGAACAUCUUUUCAUGUUAAGCAGUUGUAUUUCCUCAUUGUGGAUUGUCAGUGUCCUUUGCUCUAUCUACUGGGGUCUGAUAAAUUUGUAUGAGCUUGUUCUAUAUUAAAGAUAUUAACCUGG